CAUGAUGUAUCCACCAUGUGAUCCGUCCGAGAAUUGAGCUCAGCGGACUCCCUUUCUUUUCCUCCCCUUCUUUUCUUUCCGCGUGCCCGCCGCGCACUCCGACAUGGCGUCGCCGCGGCUGGAGACGUUCUGCUGCUCCAACCGGGACGCGGCCACCGAGCUGGUGGUCGCCUUCCAGCCGCUCCCGUUCGGAGUUGUGACGGCGGCCAGCGCGGCCGUGAGCGUGCUGCUCACGGUGCUGCAGAUCCUGCCCAAGAGGAAAGGCUACCGGAGGCUGGGCCAGUACCCGCUGCCCAGACCGGCGUCCUCGGCGCGGAUCCUCCUCAUCAUCAGCGUCUGCGACAUUUUGGGAUGUACAGGCAUCAUUUUGAGGUCGUCUUUGUGGGUGGGCCUCCCAAACACGGUGGAACAGAUCUCCGAGGCCAACAGCACCGACACUUGGCCGGACGUCUUCUGCCUCGGCAGCGCAAUGUGGAUCCAGUUGUUCUACAGCGCUUCGUUCUGGUGGACCUUUUGUUACGCCGUGGAUGUCUUCCUGGUGGUCAAGACGUCUGCGGGAAUCAGCACCAUUAUCCUCUACCACAUGAUCACAUGGGGUCUGGCUUUGCUGCUGUGUAUCGAAGGCGUGGCCAUGCUCUACUACCCCUCCAUCUCCAACUGUGAGCAAGGCUUCCAGCACGCCAUCCCUCACUACGUCACCACGUACGCGCCCAUGCUGCUGGUCCUUGUGGCCAACCCCAUCUUCUUCAAUUGGACCACUUCCGCAGUGACAUCGUUGCUAAAAGGGCGUCAAGGGAUCUACACAGAAAACGAGCGUCGGCUGGCCAGCGCCAUAAAAAUACGCUUCUUUAAAAUUAUGCUGGUGUUCUUUAUUUGCUGGAUUCCCAACAUCAUCAACGAGAGCCUCCUCUUCUACCUGGAGACGCAGGGCAACAUCGACGACAGCAGCCUCAGGAAUUACAAAAACGCUGCCCUCAUCACAUGGUUCAUCAUGGGGAUCUUGAACCCCAUGCAGGCCUUCCUCAACACGCUGGCCUUCCACGGCUGGACGGGCUUCGACUUGGACCUGAGCCCGAGGGGCAGGGGCGAGCCGGCCUGGGAGUCGGCCUCCACGUCGGUGGCCAACGCGGGGGGUCACAACUCCAUGGUGGGCACGGCCCUGCUCUACCAGAGUCACGUGCAGGAGGCCAAGAAAAACGUGAACGGCCACGGGCAGCCGCAGUCCGACGCCAUCAGCGUCCUCUCAGAAGGUUCAGAAUCUAGCACAGUUGAAAUCCACAUAUCCAGCGAGCCACCAGACUAUGGCGAUAUAGACGCUGAUGAGGAAUCCUUGGGGACGUCAGGGAGGCAGUAGCCAACAUUACGUCGCUCUAAACUACUGUUGCUGGUAAAAGAAGAAAAAAAAAAAAGAGAAUAGAUUUCUUUAGUAUCGGUGGUGCGACUUGUUUUUUUAAUUCCCUUGUGCGACCACGAACAGAAACCUUGAGAACAUGACAAACGUUCUCCUUGGUGACUCACACCUAAGAGUUGGCGUCUUCUGCUUAGUUUUUUUUUAGUGACAUGUCUGUAAUCCCUUCUGACAAUCUUGUCUUUUUGCACUUUUAUUCAUAUUAAAUAUCAAACCUCUUUCUUA